AUGGUGGUGCUCUUGUCUCUGCUUUGGGUCCCGCUCCACGUGUGGCUCACGUCGAAUGACUUGGUGGACUUGCAGCGGUGGAUCCAGAUGCGGAUGGAAGGGAAUGCCGUAGAUCCUCUGAAAGAAGCCAGGGUCGAGGAGGAGAUGACCCAGCAUCGCAAGAGGAACUUCAAAUUAUUUGGCUGUUGCUUUUCUCACAUGAAUCUUGUGCUUGGCAUAAUCUAUGCAGGUUGGGCAACCCCAGGGAUAGACUCUGCUACACAGACUGCUGGUUGCUUUGUGGGCUACGUGCUCUUCACAUCAGUAGCACAGGAUUAUGUGGAGCUGACUCCGCGAAGGCUGAAGCUCAUCACCUAUUUUUGCCAUAUGGUGGCACUCGCAAGCAUUGUCGCAUCGGCUUGGUCAGACACCAGCCUGCGAUCGACCAUGCAAGGCUUUCACUCCGCAUUGCGUUUCUGCCUGGUCUUGGCACACUUGGACCCCAAGAUCACCAUCCCGUUCCAAGUGCUUUACACCCUGGUCGAGGUGUUUCUACAUGUUUGGGUGAUUGAGGGCGACAUCUUAGUACAGCUCACAUCCUUUGCUUCAGGGCAACUCUUUAUCUUAGUCGAAACCAUUGCAUCCUCCAUUUUCAUCGAUCUGGGCCUUCGGGGGCGUUUCUACGCACAGUUGGACACCGCCGAUGCAGAGUCCUUGCUUUCCAGUUUCAGACGCGUCUUGAGAGGUGUCUGUGAUGGAGACGUGCUCUUGGACAGCGAGAUGAAUGUGGCCCAAGACAGCCAAUGCUUGAGACACCUGAUUCUCUCCGACGUGAGCCUCAAAGGCAAGUCCUUUGAACAGCUCUUGAUCGACGAUGCGCAGCGCUUGCGCUUUCGGGAGUUCAUUGAGGCCUCCAACGAUGCUUGGGGACGUGCGUGUAAACAAACGCGCGAGAGAAAGGAACCGCACCGGAGCAGAAGCCUUUUGGUUUUUCACGUCGUGGAUGGCCCCACCCAAAAGCGAGAAAAUGAUGGAAAAUGGUCAUACGCCCCGCGACCAAGUGAAACCCAAUUCGUAGAAUUAAGAGUGAUGAAGUUUUCUGAAGUAGCUUCUUCCUGGAGUUACCUGACCAGCAAAUCAAAGGAGGCCUAUCAGGCACCCGACGCGAAACCAAUUGCACCUCCGCUGUGCUUGCGGGUGUCUUGUCGUGGAUCUGCAGGCAUACGGGUGGGCACGGAUAUUUACCAUGUGCCCGUUCCAGGCGGGGGUAAAGCGAAAAGAACAUGCAACCACUGUUGGCUUCAAGCUCCGCGAGCUCAGACGAGACCUCUUCGUUCCGAAACAUCAGGAUUCAACCCUAAACCAGGCCUCGGCCGUUUCGUGAAGCGCGGGGGAAUGUGGAGGGGCCGAAGCGAUGUGCCCGGGGUUCUUUUUUCCGGUUAA